AUGGGAUCGAAGCACAGCCCAAGGCUCGUCCUCGAAGCACUCGCCUCGGCAGGGCCUAUCGAAGACUCAUCAUGGCCAAGAAAAAGAGACGACCAUAUAUACCAUGCCAACGGGACAUGGAAAGGCCAAACCGGUAUUUUUCCUAUCAAGAAUGGUAAGGGAACUGUGGUUGGGUUUAGAAGAUGUUUCAAGUUUCAAACUAGUAGUAAAGGAGAGCACAAUAAAGAUUGGCUGAUGAAAGAAUAUUCCGUCGGGGAUGAUUUCUUCAAAGAAAACAAUAUUCCUAAAGAGGAUAUUGUAGUGUGCCGAAUCAAGAAGAAUAUAAGAGCUGAGAAAAAUCAUGGGGUAACUAUGGAGGAACAAGUUGCUCCAAAAGUAAUCGAAGCUAUGUUGCAUGGACCUGAUGAAGUUUACGGCACAACAGUACUACAACAAGAAACAACUUGUGAAGCAGCUGAACAUCAAGUUAUGGACGAGACUCAAAAGAUGAAUGAACAGAAUAAUAAUAAUAGCAGCAAUACUAAUGACUGCUCCAACUACCAACAGGAGAUUAAUUGGGCUGAUGAUCUGCUCAUAGGUAUUGACGACUUUGGAGAUAUAAUCUGGUGA